AUGGCUUCGCUUGCUAUUUGGUUACUUUUAGGAACGUUUGUAUUUGAAGGAUAUGCACAUCGAUUACAGCAGCAUAAUGCACACAUUUUGCAACACGUGCGACCCCGCAGUUCGGAGGAGAUGCAACGGCAGGCAGCGCUGGAAGUCAUUGGCCGGCUGAUUCCCGAGGAACAGGCAAAACAGUUUCACGUGACUGUCGAAAGUUCGAUGGAAAGGAAUUCGUUUCAGAUUUUUAAAGGUAAUGCAGUCGAUCAACCGGUAGAAAUCCGGGCAUCAAGCGGAGUUGCCGCCACGAAAGCAUUUUACCACUAUCUGCGGAACUUUUGCGGCUGCCUGGUGGCCUGGGAAGGCUCCCAACUGCAACUACCCAAUCCGUUGCCAGCGAUUAACGUAUCUAUCAUUGCACCGAGUAGUAUCGUUUACUAUCAGAACGUGUGCACCUGGUCGUAUUCGUUCACCUGGUGGCGAUGGAGUCAAUGGCGUCGGCACAUCGACUGGAUGGCGCUGCAGGGCAUUACGCUAAGCCUGGCACCAUUUCAGGAAGACAUCUGGACGGAGGUGUUCCUUAAGUACAAUCUGACCAAGCCACAGAUCGAUAAUCAUCUGUCCGGGCCGGGUUUCUUCGCCUGGCAACGCAUGGGAAACAUCCGAGGCUGGGGUGGGCCGCUAACAAAGUCUUUCGCUGACUUUGGCCGCACUUUGCAACAGCGCGUAGUCUACGAGAUGCGGCGGCUCGGAAUGGCUCUGGCACUACCAGCGUUUGCCGGCCACCUACCGGUGCAAUUCCGCGCCCUCUAUCCGAACGUUACGUUCGCAAAUGUGUCCGUGUGGAACAACUUCCCUCCGCAGUACGCCAGCCCGUUGUUUCUCGAGCCGACGGAGCCACUUUUCGUCGAAAUCGGAACACGAUUCCUGCAACGGAUGGUUGACGUGUACGGAUCCGAUCAUAUCUACUUCAGCGAUCCUUUCAACGAGAUAGAUCCCGCUUCGCCGAGCGGAAAGUAUUUGUCCAGCGUGGCUUCGGCGAUCUUCAGUACCAUGACGAAGGUUGACCCAGCUGCGGUUUGGUUACUGCAGGGUUGGAUGUUUGUAAAGAACCCUUUCUGGAGCUCCCGCGCUAUACGAUCCUUCCUGACGGCCGUUCCGGUCGGGCGGAUGCUGGUGUUGGACUUGCAAUCGGAACAGUUCCCUCAGUACGUCCGCACGGCGUCCUACGCUGGGCAACCGUUCAUCUGGUGUAUGCUGAGCAACUUCGGAGGCACCCUCGGUAUGCUCGGAUCGGUCGAGAAUGUGUACCGAGGUAUCCGAGGGGCGCGAAAUAAUAGCACCUUCACCAUGAUCGGAACUGGAAUCACUCCAGAGGGAAUCCAUCAAAACUACGCGAUGUACGAGUUCGCCUUGGAAAUGGGAUGGGACGAGGGACUGGACAGUACGGAGCGUUGGUUUAACUCUUACGCGACGUCACGCUAUGGAACCACGGCCGACGGAAGAGCACAAGAGGCGUGGAACAUUUUUCGCACGACUGUCUACUCCUUUGCCGGUUUGGAGUUAAUGCGCGGAAAGUACACGUUCAACCGAAGACCUAGCUCCAAGCUUAGUCCUUGGGUCUGGUACGACAUAAAUGCGUUCAACCAAGGCGUUCAACUGCUUCUCUCUUUUGCUGAAGAUACCAAUUGUAACGAACUAUGCAAGCAUGACCUCGUGGAUGUUACCCGUCAGCUUUUGCAGAAUACCGCCGACGCCCUGUAUCUGACAUUAAUGGCCGACUACAAGCGCCGAGACGUAACACGUUUCCGUGGCCACGCAACACUUUUCCUCGAGCUGCUUUUCGACCUCGAUCGACUGCUGCUCACCAACGAACACUUCCUGUUGGGUCCGUUCCUGGAAUCGGCCAAAUCGUUCGGUGAAACCAGUCUCGAGCGACAGAAGUACGAGUACAACGCCCGUGUCCAACUGACCCUUUGGGGCCCACAGGGGCAGAUCGUAGACUACGCCAACAAGCAGUGGGCUGGGAUGGUGCGCGACUUCUUUCGAGCCCGUUGGUCUAUCUUUCUGGACGAACUGGACCGGGCGCUGAUUUCGAACGGCACGAUCAACGAAACGAAAAUACGAGAGAAAAUUUUCCGAACUGUCGAGCUACCCUUUACGACCGAUAACAGGCACUACAAUACCAGUGCCGUAGGGAACACCGUCGAAACGGCUCGGUUCGCGUACGACAAGUGGUUGGGCAAGCUGGAUGGAUUAAAAAAACUCCCCACGACGGAUACGGGCAAAAAGAAUAAACGGCGUAAAACUAGAUGGCUUAGUUGAAGCAGCCAAAUAUCCAACAUUAAAUCUGAGGAAAUCUUUCUCCUCAAACGUUAGCGAGCACACAAUCCAAUAGACAAUGAAAGUUAUUCGACAUGUUCACGCCGUACGGUGGUCUUUUCAAUAUACUGUUGCAAAGGGAUGCACUUUGUCCUUUCAGAUCGCAUUUGUGAAACCAUCUUAGGAAUACAUUUAUUCCGGGCUUAUCUCGUUUUUGCUGUGAUUGGAGAUAAUACCGUAGGCAGACAUAAAAAUUCCGAGCUCCGUAUGAUCGAAUUUGGUACUCAAGAAUGUUGCGAAAAGAACCAAGAAUAAUCAUGCUAAAACAAUCUUAUACUAUUUAGUAUUUCAUUUCGUGUCCUCCCGGGCUAAUCAACUGAACGAAACGAAGCUUCGGAUGUAAUUCUAUCUGAAAAUCGUCCUAGGCCAGGUCGGCCAAAUCUCUCUUCCAGUCUUUAGCUAGAAUGUUAGCGGAAGAAGGCGGAAGAAUAUUAGCAGACUCUGGGCAGAACCGCAUAUCGCUAGUGCUUCGCGCAGAACCUGGUCAGGAACUGAACGGUGGCCACAUCACAAAACGGUUACAACAUGAAAAAAUAUUGAUAAAAAGACAACUAUAGACGCACUUUAUAAUCAGUAAUGAAUAGUAAUUGCUUGCUGUAAGAGUAGCGUUCUUCAUAAGAACCCUGAACGUAGUAAGUAUAAAAUGUAUACAUAUGUACCAAAUAUAUUUUAUUACUCUUACGACUGUAUACAGA